UUCCCCCGCCCGCCCGCCCGCCCGCCAUGGAGUGACGGCCCCCGCCGGACGGCCGGACGGGGGGGCCCCGCCGCGCCUCGAUGGCUCUGGUCACGGUGCAGCGCUCGCCUACCCCCAGCGCCACCUCCAGCCCCUGCGCCUCGGAGGCAGACAGUGGGGAAGAAGAAUGCCGGUCCCAGCCCAGAAGUAUCAGCGAAAGCUUCCUCACUGUGAAAGGUGCAGCUCUUUUCCUGCCACGUGGAAAUGGGUCAUCCACUCCCAGGAUCAGUCACAGGCGCAACAAACAUGCAGGGGAUCUCCAGCAGCACCUGCAGGCCAUGUUCAUCCUGCUCCGCCCAGAAGACAACAUCAGACUGGCUGUAAGACUGGAAAGUACCUACCAGAACCGCACUAGAUACAUGGUGGUGGUGUCCACCAAUGGCAGACAAGACACCGAAGAGAGCAUUGUCCUAGGGAUGGAUUUCUCUUCCAAUGACAGUAGCACUUGUACGAUGGGCUUGGUGCUGCCACUGUGGAGUGACACCUUGAUCCACCUGGACGGGGAUGGAGGGUUCAGCGUAUCAACAGAUAACAGGGUGCACAUAUUCAAGCCCGUGUCUGUACAAGCAAUGUGGUCUGCCCUGCAGAGUUUACAUAAGGCUUGUGAAGUGGCACGGAGCAACAAUUACUAUCCAGGGAGCCUCUUCCUCACGUGGGUCAGUUACUAUGAGAGCCAUAUCAACUCGGACCAGUCGUCGGUCAACGAGUGGAAUGCCAUGCAAGAUGUCCAGUCCCACCGGCCCGACUCGCCUGCCCUCUUCACAGACGUCCCAACUGAGCGGGAACGCACGGAACGGCUAAUUAAGACCAAGUUAAGGGAAAUCAUGAUGCAGAAGGAUUUGGAGAACAUCACAUCAAAAGAGAUACGCACCGAGCUGGAGAUGCAGAUGGUGUGUAACCUGCGGGAGUUCAAAGAGUUCAUCGACAAUGAAAUGAUAGUGAUCCUCGGGCAGAUGGACAGCCCCACACAGAUAUUUGAUCAUGUCUUUUUGGGCUCAGAGUGGAACGCCUCCAAUUUGGAAGACUUGCAGAACAGAGGGGUGAGGUAUAUUUUGAAUGUGACUCGAGAGAUAGACAACUUCUUCCCUGGGCUCUUUGAAUACCACAAUAUUCGGGUUUAUGAUGAAGAAGCAACAGAUCUUCUGGCUUAUUGGAAUGACACCUACAAGUUCAUCUCCAAGGCAAAGAAAAAUGGUUCUAAGUGCCUGGUGCACUGCAAGAUGGGAGUGAGCCGCUCAGCAUCCACGGUGAUCGCCUAUGCCAUGAAGGAAUACGGCUGGAACCUGGACAGGGCGUACGACUACGUGAAGGAACGACGCACCGUCACCAAGCCCAACCCCAGCUUCAUGCGGCAGCUGGAGGAAUACCAAGGGAUCCUGCUGGCCAGCAAACAGCGGCACAACAAACUGUGGCGCUCGCACUCCGACAGCGACCUCUCGGAUCACCACGAGCCCAUCUGCAAGUCUGGGCUGGAGCUGAACAAAAAGGAGAUCACCACCUCAGCCGACCAGAUCUCGGAGGCAAAGACCAACGACAACCAGCAGCCCAUGUCUCCCAUCUAUUCAGCUGAGCUGGACAGGGAGCAGCAGCCUCCAGAGGACACAAAUAUGAUCGAGGAUGUGUGUGCAAAGGAGAGAAGGAUCCACUUAGAGUUUACAUGCCGAGACUUCCACGCUGAGCAGAUGGAGGACAAGCUGAACCUGAACAAUAUCAAUGGUUGUACGACGGGGUGUUGUGUAGACUCUGUCCCCCCUGAUAACUGCCAUUCUUCUGAGGCCUUAAUGCAGCUCCAGCACCCCUUGGAAAUAACGGAGUUUCCUGAUUUGACAGUGGACGAUCUAGAAAAAGAUGCCCUUAAGCCUGAUAUGAACGUGCACUUGGUUCCCAUGGAAGAAUUCACUUCAUGCUUAAAAGACUCUCCUCAAUCCCCAAACCAAAAUUCCCCGAGUCUCCAGCAGAAUCCUCAGCCCGAAGGGACAGACCUCAGUACAGACAGGAUCGAUUUCUUCAGCGCUUUGGAGAAAUUUGUGGAGCUUUCCCAGGAGAGCCGGUCACGCACCUGCUCCCAUUCCAGGCCGGAGGAGCAAGGGAGUGGAAGGAACGGGGUCUCCAGGGUGCCCGUGCUGGAAGUGCCACCUGCUGCUGAUGGGGGUGCAGAUGCUCGAAGGAACAGCCCUGGAAACUCUCCUCAGGCAUCAGAUGACUCUUCCACAGAUGAAGAACAACAAAAGGAGGUCCCUGAGCUGCCUAGUGCAGGUCAUCUCACGAGAUCCCACUCGGAAAAUGCCAUUUCUGUGAAGGAAAUUAUCACAGAGAUCGAGUCAAUCAACCAGGGAGCAGGACCUGCCCAGCAGAAAGAGGGCUCAGCCAACCUCAGCCAGACACCAAAGAGGAACACGGUGCAUGACCUGCCAGUGGAGGCCAUUUGGGCAUUGGAAAGGGUGGAACAGAGUGAAGGAGCCUGUGCUGGACACCAGGAAAAGGAGAAGGACCCUCUGCUGGCUGAGGAAGAAGCUGCCCCCUCCCUGCAGCCAUCUGGUAAAUCAGAGCUGGAGGAAAGUGGCUCUGCGGGGGAGCAGCAAGAGCCUCGUGGCUCCACCAACCCUGAGCCCAAGUGGUGCCCCGGCUCCGUCCGGCGAGCCACGCUGGAGUUUGAGGAGCGCUUGAGACAGGAGCAGGAGCACCAGCACACAUCCCCCGUCUGCACCUUACCCACCCGCAAGAACUCCAGGAACGACUCUCCUGCUGCCGAGCUCCUGCCGCGGGGGAAGAGUGAGGAGCCGCCCCUGGAGCUGGCUCCGGAGGGUGACAGGGCGCAGACACCGGGCACUGAGGAGCCUCUGCUGCCUCCUGGGGCAGAGCUGCCUGCGCCCCUCACCCCCCCUGCUGCAGAGCCCAGCCUGAGGCAGGAGGGAGCGGUGCAGGAGCACAGGACAGUGGUCUCGUUUGAUGGGACGGAGGAGCCACCCCUGCCCUCCCUCCUCCCAAAGAGAGUCGAAAUCAUCGAAUACACUCCCAUGGUCAAGUCUGCAGAGCAGCACCCUGACACAAGCUGUGAGCAGGGCUGGCUGGCCACGGCCAUCCCAUCUUUAGAUGAAAACUUGAACCCUUCAGUGUGCUUGGAGGAGGCUCCAACCUGUCUCGGAGCUCUGGCGGAUCUCCCCCCGCCGGAGCACGCGGUACGCGAGCAGGCCACCCUCACUGCGGGCAGCCCCAGCGUGGAAGGUGGUGGGUUAUCUGUUCACCUCGGUGCUGCCCCUCCCUCUGCCCAGGUGACCUCUACACCUUCAGCCAGCCUCGACCGCUCUCCUUAUCCCUAUGUAAUCCACCUGGAAGGUGUCACUGAGCAGAGCACGGGUACAGACGAUGAGCCAGUCAUGCCGUGUGGCAUCGAGGGAGACACGACUCUGCUGUUCAGGGACAGACCCAAACCUCUCUGCGGGGGCGGUGACAGCAUCUCAAGGCAGCUGAGCAGGGAGGACUUCACCAGCCAGGAUGCCGAAAACAUGGACCUUCUGGACAUCUCGUUCCUGUGUUACAGCCUCCCGCACAGCCCCAGCAGCCGCAGUGUGGAGGAGCGCAGCAGCAGCCCCGGGCUGGUCAAGCAGCGAGCGAAGGAAAUAGAGGCUCGGAUCCGGCACGCGGGGCUCACCACACCCUCCCACAUGAAACGCUCGGCAUCCUUGGCCAAACUGGACUGCCUGGACCUCUCCAAGGACGACUUGUGCGAGAGGGAGUCUGCCUCAGCCUCUUCCCAUGCCAACCCGGUGCUUCUCACCUGCGUUGCCCUCGGUCGAGGCUUUUGCGAGGGAAGGUUGGAGAGGGGCUCGGAAAGCACGUGUGGAAAGCAUCGCCUUUCCUCCCCGGAGCCCACUAAGCAUUUUGUGGAACAGCUCAGAACAGCCGAGUGCAUUGCCCAGAGCAAGCCGGUGGAGAGGCCGCUGGCUCAGUACGCCAAAGAGUGCGGCUCCAGCCAGCAGAGUUUGUGUUCCAGCACGGAUCCGACGUGGACUAGCUCCGAGGAGGGUCCUCCGCUGCUCCAGGUGCAGGUCCUGGACUCCUUGUCUCCAGCUCAAGGUCUGGCUGUCGCACCUCGGCAGCAGCACGGGAGAACUCACCCUCUGAGGAGGCUCAAAAAGACCAAUGAGAAAAAGCGGACAACCAAUCCCCUCUACAACACGAUGUGAUCCCGGGC